GGAGUUAAUGAAUUCAGAUGUCCUCAGGGUUGAAAUAUGAGCGCCUUUGUGACUCUCUCAACGGGGCAGAGGAUGCCUGUGGUGGGACUCGGCACCUGGAAGAGCGCUCCAGGACAGGUGAAGCAGGCGGUGCUGGCAGCUUUGGACUGUGGGUACAGACACAUUGACUGUGCUGCCGCAUACAGCAACGAACAGGAGGUGGGCGAGGCACUGGCCAUCAGGGUCGGCCCUGGAAAGGCGCUGCGUCGAGAGGAACUGUUCAUAACAUCCAAACUGUGGAACACCAAACAUGACCCGCAGGAUGUCGAGGAAGCGUGCAGGACCAGCGUGGCCCACCUGGGUCUAUCCUAUUUGGACCUGUACCUCAUGCACUGGCCCAUGGCGUUUCAGCGUGGAAAGGAGCUGAUGCCCCGGCGAGAAGAUGGCAGUAUUUGUUACUCUGACACGCACUACCGAGACACUUGGGCGGCCAUGGAGAGCCUGGUGGACAAAGGUCUGGUCAAAGCUAUAGGACUGUCCAACUUCAACGCCCGGCAGACUGAUGACAUCAUCGCCAUGGCCAGACACAAACCGGUGGUGAACCAGGUGGAAUGCCAUCCUUAUUUGUCUCAAGCGGAUCUCGUGUCUCACUGUCGGUCAGUGGCAGUUUGUGUGACAGCCUACAGUCCUCUGGGCAGCGGGGACAGACCCUGGGCCUCUCCUGAUGAACCGAGUGUGCUGCAGGACCCGGGACUGGCUGCCAUGGCAAAGAGACAUCACAAAACACCAGCCCAGCUCAUACUCAGGUGGAACGUUCAGAGGGGUGUUGUGUGCAUUCCGAAAAGUGUGACACCCUCCAGGAUCCAGGAGAACUUGCAGGUGUUUGACUUUUCUCUGACAGAAGACGACAUGAAGCUCAUUGAAACCCUCAACCGCAACGAGCGCCUCAUUAUUCCAACUGUCGAGAAGAACGGCAAGAGAGUGUGGAGGGAUGCAGAGCACCCCCAUUUUCCCUUCAACGAUCCUUACUAAUUUGACAAUCAAGGAAUGCAAUGGGUUUUUUUCCCCUGAAGAAAAUAAAUAUUGUAUUGAUUUAAUAUUUUUGAAAAAUAAAUUUAAGUCUUUCUACAAAUUGAGCCACUUGUCUGACAUUGCAGAGACAGAUGACUUCAAUCCUGAACAUGGCUGAGCAAAGAAUGAGUCUUAUUAUCCGGUUGUAAUAAAAUAAAACUCACAUCCUCA